ACUAUUUCCCAACUUAUAGAUUCAUAUCUAAUCACUCCCAUCCUUGUGGUAGCAGAAAACAAGAAUGUGGAUGGUCCUAUCUUCCUCCCCUCAAACACAAAUUCACAAUACAAUCACAACACAAACAUGUUGUCAUCAUCUUCAAUCCAAACCCAAGACAACAAGAAUCACAUUCCCUUUCAAACUAAAAUGCCAACAACAAGAACAACAUCAACAAUCCAAUUCCUCUCUCAAACCCAAAACCCAAGACGAUGGAAUCCCAAUAGAAGACGUAAAAACCCUAGCAAAAUUCAAAUCCAGACACAACUACAUCCGUGUUCUAGAAGUUUCCAGAAAAGCCGACCACCCAUUCCGCGGCUCCAGACUUCUCCUUCUCGACAACCCCGGAAACAUCCACAGCAUUUCCUUCCUCUUCAAAACCCUAACCAACACCUACUUCGACGUUUUUGCCACUAUCCCUCCGAUCAUACCUAAUGGACCUAUCGCCGUACUCGGCUUCGGUGCUGGCUCCACCGCCCGCAUUCUCCUUAACCUUUACCCGGACACAGUCGUUCACGGCUGGGAACUUGAUCCCUCGGUGAUUGAAGUUGCAAGAGAGUAUUUCAAUCUUUCAAAAAUUGAGAGAGAAAACAAACAGAGACUUUUUGUUUACGUUGGAAAUGCAUUGACUGCGAGUUUGGAAGGAGGGUUUUCAGGGAUUUUGGUGGAUUUGUUCUCGGAGGGGAGUUUGAUACCGGAACUUCAGGAGGCUGCUACAUGGGAGAAACUACGGAAGAGUUUGAAGAAAGGAGGGAGGAUAAUGGUGAAUGUUGGAGGGAGUUGUGUGGAGGCUGAGGAUAAGGUUAGAGAUGGGAAUGUUGUGAUGGAAGAAACUUUGAAAGCGAUGAGAAUGGUUUUUGGAGAGAAGCUUUUUGUUCUCAGACUUGGGAACCGUGGAGAUGAUAGCUCUCUUGCUCUUACUGGAGAUUUUCCUGAAAUUGAAACAUGGAAGAACAAGCUUCCAUCUUCGUUGAGAUGUUAUGUUGGUUUAUGGAAGCCAUAUUCUGGUUAGAUCACUUGUUUGAGGUGAAACAGAACGUUCGCUCACCAACUGUUUGUGUUUAUUCCUCUAUGAAGUUUAGGCUUUGAUCCCUCAUUUUUUCAUUGGUUUGAAGGACACUUUUUGUGCAGAAUAUGAUGGUUGUAAUUUUAUUUUAUUGAUUGAUAGGCAAUUACCUUAGGCAUGAUAGUUGUAAUAAUGUAUGUUAACAAGGAUAGGCAGUGGACCUUGGUUUGUGUUUGA